UGCAGAAUGCAAAUUAAUGUGUAUUUGAUUUCUAAGUUUAUUUGUGUUAGCCGACGUAAUAUUAUUUAUAUGUUUCAUUAUAUUUUUGAAGCAAAGAAGUGCAUGCUAUUAAUAUUAAAUAUAUGAUUCUUUUUGAGUAUCAUUCACUUGUAAUAAAGUAAUUAGUAAUAAAGACUUCGUCAUAUAAAAUUUUGUAUAGUAAAAUGGGUCUGUUCAAGAAACCGAAUCGAAAAUUUCGACAGCGCGAAGCUCGGCCAGACUCUGAGGAUGAAAGUACUUCUGAGCUUCCAGAAAACAAGGCUAAAAGUGUUAAAACGGAUGUAAAAGAUAAACCUUCAACAUCUGUAGAGGUAGAUAAUAAUGCUUCGGCUUCUAAUUUUUCAACGGUACCUCUGCAGAGGGAAAAAGAAGAGAAAACUGACGCCACUUUGCCAAAAGGUACAAAACUUUUGAGCUUUCACGAUGAAGAAGAUGAUGGUGAAGUAUUUAAAUUAAAGAAAUCCAACUACAGCAGACGAUUAGCAAAGCAGCGAGAAAAAGAGAAAAAGAAGAAGGAAGAAAGUCAAGCUUCUACUAGCACUACUGCAAAGGAAGAUCCUCGGGAGGAUGUGCAGUGUGAUUCCAAUACUAACAACAAAAGUAAAUCCAAUGAGUCAUGGAAUAUUCUGUCUGGAAAUGAUGCUGAAGAUAUGGAAGUUGAAUCAGAUGAAGACCAAGAGAAAAACAAUCCUUUCAAGAAUGUUUUACAAAGUGGAGUUAUUCCGGAUGCUGCAACAAUUUAUGCCAUGAAGAAGCAUCGUCAAAUGGCAAGGGAAAUGGGAGAUUUCAUACCUGUUGAAGAUCCAGAAAAAGAAGAUGAUACAAAGUCUCGAUUAAUAAGGGAAGAUGAUAAUGAUAGAAGUGAUGAUGAUGAAGAUGAUGAGCCAUCAAGACUAAGUUUUACUGUUAAUACUGUAGCUGUGGAAAGGCAAAAAAUCAGGGAAACAUUCUUAUCAUUACAAGAAGGUUCAACAAAUGAAUUAGAAACUGAAGAAGCUGCAGAAUUAGAUCGAUGGGAGAGAGAACAGAUAAGGAAAGGAGUUGGAGUUACUCAGGUGGGUCCAUCUCAGAAUCAUGAAAUUGCUGAAAAUCAACUUUAUUCAUAUACACCAGUGAGUAUUAGCACUACUGCCAGUUAUGUGCCAGAAAGUACUGAGAAUAUAUCACUUCCCUGCAGGCCAUUACCAAGUAAUCUUCUAAAAAGCAGUGGUCCUGUGCUUACCACUAGUGACAUAAAAUCCCGUUUGGAAGAGAGAUUGUCAGCUCUAAAAACUUCUUAUGAAUCUCACAAACAAGAACUUCAACUUUGCCAAAAAGAGUUCGUUGAAACAAAUAAAUUAAUUAAAAAGUUGGAAGAAGAAGGCCCAGAAAGAGCUCAAAAUUUUUCACUUUAUCAGCAGAUGAGUGGGUAUGUGAAAGACUUGGUUGAAUGUCUAGAUUUGAAGGUUGCUCAUAUUGAAUUACUGGAUGGCAGAAUGAUGGACUUAUACAAAUCAAGAGCUGAAAAAUUGAUUUUUCGUAGGCAACAAGAUGUUCGUGACCAGUCUGAUGAAUUCUCUGUACUGUCAAGUGAAAUUCAAAAAGGAGUUAGUGCUGAAUUUUUGUUUGAAAAAAAUAUUUGCAAUGAUGAAGUUAAACUUCGUCGGGCUGCAGAGAGAGAAGGCAGACGCAUGCGAAGGAGAAAGCAAAGAGAGCGUGGAAUGGUUAUAGUCAAACAUCAAGAUGGAAUGUCAUCUGAUGAUGAAGAACCUGAUCUAGAUAUCCUGGAAUUCAAGAAAAUGAAAGAAAAUAUUAUUGAAGAAGCAAAUUCUGUAUUUGAAGAUGUAGUAGAAGAAUUUGGAACGCUAGAAGGAGUCAUGAUAAAUUUUGAGAAAUGGAAAUAUGAGCAAAUUGACUCAUAUUGUGAAGCAUUUGUGCCUCUUUGUUUACCUAAAAUUUUUGGUACAUUUGUGAAAUUAGCUCUUUUAGACUGGAAUCCUUUGACGGAUGAAAAAGAUUUUGAAAAAUCAAGUUGGUAUCGCCAACUAGUUUAUUAUGGUUAUAGUAACUUAAAAUUGAAAGAUAAUGAUUCUGAAGAUCCAGACACAAAUUUAUUGCCUGGAAUUAUGGAAAAAAUUGUGCUACCUAAAAUAACUGGAUUUAUUCAGAAUGUUUGGGAUCCUCUUUCAAGAAAAGAAACAUCUAAACUUGUGAAGCUGAUUACAGAUUUACAUGAAAAUUAUCCAACCAUCAAUGGUAAAAGUAAACAGCUUCAGACCUGUCUCAAAGCAGUUACAACUCGAAUAUAUAAGGCUUUAGAUGAUGAUGUAUUUAUACCACUCUAUCCCAAAGAAUUGCUAGAAAAUCGUUCUCUCGGGGCUUCAGAUUUCUUCCAAAGGCAGUUUUGGUCUUCUGUGAAACUGCUGCAAAACAUUCUUAUGUGGGAAAGCAUUAUAGCAGAACAGCCACUCCAGCAUAUGACUUUAGCUUCAUUAGUUAAUCGUUACCUAUUGAUGGGAUUGCACACAUCUAUGAUGAUGAGGGAUACAUUAGAUAAAUGUAAAGUGAUUGUAUCAAGUUAUCCUAAAAGUUGGUUCAAAAACAUUAGAGGAAGCACAACUCUCUCUUUACUGAAGCCAUUUUCUACAUUUUUAAUUAAGUUUGCAGAUACUUACCAUUCUCAGUGUGUUAAGCGAGGAAUACCAGAAGAAGAAAUAAAGAUUGUAAUAAAGGAAAUUGUGCAACUAUUAGUGACCAUGGAAUUUCUGGACGAUGCAGUCGUAAUAGCAAAAAAAUAUUCUGUCAGUGGUUUUAAAAAUUAAUAAAUUGUAUAUAAAUGCA